AACGAAAUUAACAAAGUGGAGUUAAUAAUGGGCAUUGAAAGUACAACGCAGUUGUUAAUGAGUGCCUGGAUCGUUUUUUUUCCACGAUUACAUCCGCACGAGCCUCCCCCAUUGUACGUGUCGCGAGCGAACACCUGCCGCAGCAACCAAUGUUUCUCGUUUACUCACGCAGAAAUCAAUCGUGCCCCGUGUGACCCACCGACAAUAAACAACUAAGCCAGUCUCUGAACGGUGCCGGACAGUAGCGCAUAAAAAAUCCAGUCAACAACGAUGUAAUAAUCGCAAAAAAACGCACUUGUGCAAUAACACGCGUGGAAAAAGAAGAAGCGCGCUUUUGUUUCUUCUCAAAAGCGCUUGCAUAUUCGAUUAGCCGAGAGUUAGAUAUGUUAGAAACGCGCUCCGCAGUUUACAAAAUGAUGAAGGAAGAGGCUCACGAUGAGAGGCAGAUAACCGAUUGGCCGCCACCUUUCUCGUCCGAGAUCACGCCGUACAACGAGAGCGACUUCGGCGGCUUGAUCAGACGGACCUGCGAGAACAAGAGCCUGACCCUUCGGAUCUCCAAGGUGAUCGUCAUCGGCGACGUUGCCGUCGGCAAAACGUCGUUGGUGAACCGCUUUUGCCACAAGCUCUUCGACAACAAUUACAAGGCCACCAUCGGCGUGGACUUCGAGGUGGAGAGAUUCGACAUCCUCGGCGUGCCUUUCCACCUGCAAAUAUGGGACACCGCGGGACAGGAAAGGUUCAAGUGCAUAGCGGCGUCUUAUUACCGCGGAGCUAAUGUAAUCAUGGUCGUUUUCGACCUGGGGAACCUGAUGUCGCUGACACACUGCCAGCAAUGGUUGAACGAGGCAAGUCGCUGCAACGUCGGUCCUUAUCAUAUCUUUCUGGUCGGCGCUAAGAAGGAUCUGUUAUCACGCCCGGUGUACGAGAUAGUCGAGAAACGAGCGAUCGAGGCAGCGAGCCGGAUGCGGGCGGAAUAUUGGGCGGUCUCGUCGAGAACGGGCAACGGCGUGUCCGAAUUGUUCACGCGGGUCGCCGCGCUCUCCUUUCACGCGAUGGCCCUGCGGGAGAUGCAGAGCUUGAAGCUCGAACCGAUCAACAUCGGCUCGGCGACGAUAACGUUGAAAAGGGAGUCAAGGGAGGCCGAGACGAAGCGGCGGAGGGUGCUGAAGUGUUCCAGAUGCCCGACGUGACGGCGGAAUUUGAGCAAUAUUCAAAUAAUGGAUGAUAAGAUUGGAAAUGCAAAGUAAAUAAAAGCGGCCAGUUAAACACA